UGCCAGUUGUCACGGUUUCAGUUGACUAAAUCGAACAAGCUCCAAGAUGAAGAAGUUCUGUUGAGAACAGGGAAUGCAGGUAAGGGUUGGUUCUCGUUUCAGAGUCCGACUCGGUAGAGCUCAAAUGUUAUACUUUUUGCUUUGAACUAUGAUAUGAAAGGGACGUUGAACUGUUCUAAAAAUUUCUCCCUCCUCAAAACAUCGCACUUGAUACUGUAUCGUAGGUAAAAUGCAUAAUGGAGGCGGUAUGAGUUUUGGUCCAGAUGGCAAUUUAUAUUUGGCUACGGGUGAUACUGGUUACCCAAGAAGCAUCGAUCCAGCGAACAAUCUAGAUAAUUUGUGGGGGAAAAUUCUACGUAUUAAAGACGAUGGAACAGUCCCUUCUGAUAAUCCCUACGUUGGACAGAACAAAUCCCAACGAUGCGGUGGGAAGAUCAUCAAUCCAGGUGAUGGUAAAUCGCGUGUGUGUACGGAAAUAUUUGCUCGAGGAUUUCGAAAUCCGUUUUCGUUAGAGAUGAAUCCAAACAUCAAAAAUGGCGACGUUGAAUUCCAUAUCAGUGAUGUCGGCAGGGAGAAUUGGGAAGAAAUCAACAUCGGUGGCACAGGAUACGAAAAAGCUAACUACGGAUGGAGAGAACGUGAAGGACCAUGCCAAAUGGGUAAAACCUCAAGCAAUAGUUGUGACAAGGUUGAUCCUUUGGAAUUUGUUGAUCCAAUUCAUUUUUAUCAGCAUACUAAUAGUAGAGGUUCAGCAUGUGUUGGUGGUUCUUUUAUUCCAAAUGGGAUCUGGCCAAAGGAGUACGACAACGAAUACCUGUAUGCGGAUUUGCGAGCUCAGAGCAUCUUUCGCAUGAAACUCGACAAAGACAACGAAUGCCGAGGUAAACAGUGCGACAAACAAAAAUCAAAGUACAUCGGGGUACCCAUCGUCAACAAUAUCGAAGGGAAUUCUGUCUUGCGAUUACGCUUUGGUCCUCAUAGCAAAAAACGCUCGGACCAGAUCUCUCUGUAUCACCUUUUGUACGAUUCGGGAAAAAUCAACCGACUUACUUACAUCGGAAAGGGGGGCGACUCUGACGACAAUGAUGUGAGCAACAAUCGAAAACCUGAAGCUGUGAUUGAAACUUUUUAUUCUUCGGAUGAAAAAGGGGUCACUGUGAGAUUUGAUGGAUCAAAAAGCAGUGACCCCGACGGAGACAAACUCAGCAUGGAAUGGGAAUUUGGUGAAGAGGACCAAGAUGAUACCAAUGAUGACUCUCCAAUUACAUCUCACACCUACCGAAAAUCCGGUCGAUUCACCGCUUCCUUGAAAGUGAGUGAUGGGAACGGAAAAACGUCAAAAACUACUGUUACCAUCAAUGUUGAUAAGGAUUAUGAUAGAUCUUCUGAUAGUGAUCAUGGAAUUCCAACUCUUCAAACCUUUCCUUGGAGUGAAGAAUGUGACAGUUACCAUGAUGACGAUACGAAUAUCGAUCGAUGCGGGAUACUCGAAUUUUGCUUCGACGAAGAUUCUGGAAUUUAUGGUUAUCAGAUUGCGGAAGGAGGGCAAUGUGGUAUUUUGACGAUGGUUUCGGCGCCCGUUAUUCGACUGCAACCAGGCUUUACUUACCGAUUGACGUUGCGGAAUCUAACUCCAGAUCCUACUAACAUUCACACGCAUGGAUUGCAUAUCGUUGGAUCGGGUAACGGUGAUGAUGUUACAAGAGUUAUGGAUGGCGGGGGGAACUGCAUGGAUUACAGUAAGUUUGAUUUUUCCACGUAGUGACGUCAGUCGUUCAAUUAGUACUCAAAUACUAAAAUAUGAACACCAACUUUUUUGUCUGCGUAUCAUUAUGUUCAUAAACGAAAAGCUUGGGACAUCAGAUCGGAUCAUCCAGGGGGGACAUACUGGUGAGCGAAAGUAUCAUUGUUUGUAAGGUGAUGUUUAUUUCCACUUUAUCGAUUGUCAUUCCUGAACUCAUCAACCCGGAUUCCCAAUUUAUGCAGGUAUCACCCGCAUGCCCACUCGUUUUCCGAGGUUCAAGUAAAUGGCGGGGCAUCUGGUCUUCUCGUUGUAGAGGACAACACAAAUAACGACGAUAACAUUCCAGGCUGGGCAUCCAAUGAGCUCUUACUCCAAAUCUUACGACUUGACGAUGGUUACAAGAUGUUGAGUAAUGGCAGGUCCUACGAGAUUUUUAAUCUAAAGGCUGGUAAAUGGUACAGGAUGCGUAUUUCGACCGUUGAUCCAUUAGGAGCUCCCCAGGAACUUCGUUUCACAUCAGGAUGUGAAGUUCAUAAGGUCGCUAGCGAUGGCGUUUGGCAUUCAGUUGUUCCGUUUGAUGAGGGCUCAAUGAACAAGUUCGAAAUGACUGGUUCGUCUCGUGGAGAUUUUGCUAUACGCUGCAACAUUUCCCCCGGGAUCAACAUCCGAUUUAGUGAUACAAUUGUUGCAAUCUUGAAUAUCAAGCAAGAUGGUUCCUCAACUUUGAGGCAGGAGAUAGGAAGAUGGCAGCCUAAACGUCCUCCAUCGAUUCAAAAUAUGGUAUCAGCUACUGUUGCAGACGAAAAUAAACUUGUCAUCAAAAUCAAACGAGAUUCAAUCAACGACAGAGAAUGGAAUCCCUUUGUCCCCCUUGGAUCCCUUGCUUAUGACGAAGUUCAUGAAUGGGAAUUACCCGAUACGCGGGAGCACCCGUUCCAUAUUCAUCUAUAUCACAUGCAAGUGGCGACACCAAAUGGAUGUGGCAACGACUUUCGAGAGGGCGAAUUCUACGAUACUAUAUCUGCUGGGCCAUGCACGGUAAGAUUCCGUACAUCCGACUUCGGUCAAAGGCUUGUUGUACAUUGUCAUGUGAUGCUUCAUAGUGACCUUGGAUCUAUGGGGUGGUUUGAUGUUAGAGGCRCUGGCAUGCCCGUAUAUGAAUUGACGUCACAACAUCACGAUUGCUCUGGAAAUAUCGUACCGUCACCGACGAUAUCACCAACCAGAAAGUUCGACGAAGGUAUUGAAAAUUGCAAAAUAUUUGAUAAGCUGUCCUUUACAGCAAAUGCCAAUAAAUUUUGUGAAUAUAGUGAUACUACUAUCGGAAACGACGCAGAAGAGAAACAGUGUGGAAUGGGGCCAGUUGAUAUGAAACUUUCUAUUAAUUCAUCAAGUUGUAACAAUGACUGUUUUGUCGCUUUUACGAUCGCUGGUGAGUUUGUCACGUAUAAGUUCCUCACAAGCUCGACGGUUGGUAACGUAAUGAUCAAGGCCAAGGUUGCAAGCAAGCUCAGUAAGAAGAAAAGGUUUCGAUUGAUAAUGCUGGACCAAAACUCGGAAAGUGGUGUAUUACUUGCUCCUGGUAAAGGGUACGAAGUAUUCGAGGAAGUGACAUGGGAGUUGUCGGGCUUACCCAAAGGCCUCCAUCAUCUACAGGUUUACUUCAUAGAUGGCAACAUCAAUCUUUGUAGUAUCGAAGUACAGAUGAACACUGUCUCGGAACCAGGGCCGACGCUUGCUCCCAUGCAACCAUCGGUAUCACCGCUACCACAUUCUCCGAAUCAGAGUACACAACCCAACAAUGAUUGGGCUAUUGACGAUCAAUCCAACGAUGUCUCGGAACCAGGGCCGACGCUUGCUCCCAUGCAACCAUCGGUAUCACCGCUACCACAUUCUCCGAAUCAGAGUACACAACCCAACAAUGAUUGGGCUAUUGACGAUCAAUCCAACGAUGAAGAACCAAGAAUGCCCAUUUCCAUUCCUCCGGUCACUUGGGCGGCACUCGACUACUACGAAGCAUUUGAGAAAACACCCGAAAGUAUUGGUGAUGGAUGUAACUUUCGCGGUGAUGGAGUAGAUGCAAAACGCACAGAAGAUAGGACUUGCAUCGUUCGGGAUAAUUCGCAGUGCUACAUAGGUUGGUGGGAUCCCGGUGAGCAUCUUCUCUAUCGCAUUUCUAUACCUAGAGGGUUGUCACAAAAUUACGACAUCAAAGUCCGCGUAGCGUCAAAACGAGAAGCAAGAGAUAUUGGAAUGGAAAUAAUAAGUUUUGAUGGGACCAAGAUUUUGCAAUCCAAGCAGUUCGAAGCACCAGGAAACGGAUGGCAAAAUUUUAAGGAUGUAGUUUGGGAUUCUAUUGACUUGAACGCUGGUAGAUACAUUCUCAAGAUCCUCUCUAAUACCGGGAGUAUAAACCUUUGUUCUACGUCUGUCAUGCCUACUAAUAAUGAGCCUGAUCAGGAUCUUGAUUUCGAAAUUCAGGUUCCGGGAUAUUAUAAUGCUUUGCAUUAUGCUAAUAUAGGGUUGUUGGACACAACUGUUGAGCAUCGAGGAGACUGUCCGUACAGGAAAAAUACACCGGUAGAUGCAAAGAUGAAUGAUGAUUUGGUAUGCAAACAAGCAAUCUCCGAGUACGACUUACACUGUCAUAUAGCGUUUACAGAAGUGGACGAGUUUCUUACUUACAGAUUUCGGAAGGUGCCCACGCAAACCAAAGUUCGUGUUUCUCUUCGCGUCGCAAGCAAGAGUCCUCGAGAAAUUCUUGUGGAACUCGAUUCACUAGAGACGGCAGACAAUUUUUUUUUCAGGGCUACUAAAGUGGUUCAAACUUCUGGCAACGAAAAGAACUCUUGGGAUAUAUACGAGACAAUUGCUGUUUGGGAUGAAAUUGAUAUUGGUACUGCCGAGAACUACAGUCUCAAAAUAGUGUUUUUGAGUGGUAGGACAAACCUCUGUGCAAUUGGAAUUGAUUACAUUUCGUUAGUGGUAUGAUUAAUGGGGCUAUUACCUGGCAUCAUUGAUAAGAGCAUUAUAAAUGAUAUCAUAUAGC